CUCUUUCUAGGCAAUCGGAAGAAAGCUUUCGAUUAUGAACCAUAGAAACUCGUCUCUUCCCAUGGCUGAAACUCUGAAUUCAUAACUAGACCAAAAAAAAAAAGAAGACUUUAAGCUGUAACUAGAGAAUAGAAUGGCUUCUGUGUCCACAUGCUUUAUUGUCUCCCCUAGGCUAACUCCAUCCGUCUUCUCAUCAAAAAAGAAUCCUUUGACUCGCCUCAGAUCUCCUCUUGAUCAUCACUCUUUCCCCGGAAUCUUGAAAAAUAGGUUUCCGAGCUCUCACCGGAAGCUCACAAGCCACGGAAUUAGGGCGGCGAGUAUAGAUAAGGUAAUCAAACCGGGAGGACUUGUGGAGAGCGACAAGUUACCUACGGAUGUUCGGAAACGAGCUAUGGAAGCUGUGGAUGAGUGUGGUCGGAGAGUCACUGUUGGUGACGUGGCUAGCAGAGCUGGCUUGAAAGUUACUGAAGCUCAGAAAGCGCUUCAAGCUCUUGCGGCUGAUACUGAUGGGUUUCUAGAGGUAUCGGAUGAAGGUGAUGUGCUUUAUGUAUUCCCAAGGGACUAUCGAUCUAAGUUGGCUACCAAGUCGUUAAGGAUACAGAUUGAACCAUUUCUUGAUAAGGCUAAGGGUGUUGUAGACUACCUGACUCGUGUUUCCUUUGGGACGGCGCUUAUUGCGUCUAUUGUUAUUGUCUACACUUCAAUUAUACUCUUGCUUUCAAGCAGUAGAAGCGAGGAUGAUAAUCGUCAAAGGAGACGUGGGCGUGGAUAUGAUUCUGGAUUCAAUUUCUAUUUCAACCCUGUUGAUCUAUUCUGGUACUGGGAUCCCAAUUAUUACAGAAGGCGACGAGCUCGAGAAGAUGAGGGAAAGGGAAUGAAUUUCAUUGAAUCUGUUUUCUCCUUUGUAUUUGGAGACGGAGACCCAAACCAAGGAAUUGAAGAAGAGAGGUGGCAGAUGAUUGGGAGGUAUAUAACUGCUAGAGGAGGUGUUGUUGCAGCUGACGAACUUGCCCCAUACCUUGAUGUGCCAUCUUCCAAGAAUGCUACGAGUGAUGAAUCCUAUAUCCUUCCUGUUCUUCUUCGGUUUGAUGGUCAACCUGAGUUGGAUGAAGAGGUAUAUGAUUUCUGGUUGCAGUGUUUUCUUCGGUCAUUUUCAUUAGAAGUAUAUUCUGUUACGCAGGGAAACAUACUGUAUCGCUUUCCGUCACUGCAACGCACAGCUUCUGGGUCUGGUAGACGAAAGGAGUAUGUGGGAAAGUGGUUUGACUGGGUUGCAGAUAUGGAUAAGUUCUUCAAGGAGAAAAAAUGGCAAUUCAGUAAAACUAGUUUGACCGAGAGAGCAAUGGUCAUUGGCCUAGGCGCGGUUAAUCUCUUUGGUGUGAUUAUUCUAAACACCCUCCUAAAGGAGAUGGCUUUCAGACCAAGUGGAUUUAUUACAUUUGUUAAAAACAUAUAUCCACUACUUCAGGUGUACGCAGGUUCAUUCUUUGUGAUCCCUUUGGUUCGGUGGCUUUCAGUGAAGAGAAAGAAUGAUCAGAUAGAGAAUAGAAACAAAGCUCGUCUACAAUUUGCAAGAGCACUUGAAUCUCCAGAUAUCACACUACGGCGUAAGCUGCUGAGCGCAAGGGAUAUGGCUCAAAAUACAGUUAUAGGGAAGGAGAGGAUCGUGUACAGUACAGAGAAAGAUAUGAUUGAACAAGACUACGAGGCAAACGAAUGGGACAGAAGAUUCCGAGAGGUGGAAAAAUCAGAUUAG